CAGGUCACAUUUAGGUCAUCUUGUGGAACCUUCCCAGAAAACCAGGGUAAUAGUAAGAAAAUGAUGUUUAAUAGAAGUAUCUUCACUACACAGUCAAUUUGAAACAGGAACAGGUUCUCUGGAGCCAUGUGGUUAUGAUAUUAUUGAGAUUCCAUAAUGCCUCCUGCCGUGACAGACAGCCUUGACAUCUGGGCAGUGGAUUCGCAGAUUGGUGCUGAUGGCUCAAUAUCUGUGGACUUCCUGUUGCCCACUGGAAUCUACAUCAACCUGGAUGUCCCUCGAGAUGCCACCAUAUCUCAUAUUAAACAGCUGUUAUGGAAGCAGGCACAUGCCUAUCCACUCUUUCAUCUCCUCAUGGAGAUUGACUCUUACAUGUUCUCGUGCGUGAAUCAGACUGCUGUACACGAAGAGCUAGAGGAUGAAACACGGAGACUUUGUGAUGUUAGACCCUUUCUUCCUGUCCUUAAACUAGUGACAAGAAAUUGUGAUCCAGGAGAAAAGUUGGAUUCCAAAAUAGGUGUCCUUAUAGGCAAAGGUCUCCACGAGUUUGAUGCCUUGCAAGAUCCUGAGGUGAAAGACUUCCGAGCUAAAAUGCGGCGAAUCAGUGAGGAAAAGAUUCAGUCGCUUGUGGGUCUUUCCUGGAUGGACUGGUUAAAGCACACUUACCCUCCAGAACAGGAACCUGUCAUCCCAGAGAGCUUCCAAGAUAAGCUCUACAGUGGAAAUCUUGUAGUGGCUGUUCAUUUUGAUAACUGCCAGGAUGUUUUUAGUUUUCAGGUGUCUCCUAACAUGAAUCCCAUCAAGCUGAAUGAGCUAGCAAUCCGAAAACGUUUGACUAUCCAUGGAAAGGAAGAUGAGGAAGUUGAUCCUGCUGACUAUGUGCUGCAAGUUAGCGGACGGCUAGAAUAUGUUUUUGGUGAUCACCCAUUAAUUCAGUUCCAGUAUAUACGCAACUGUGUGAUGAACAGGACUCUUCCUCAGCUGACUCUGGUUGAGUGUUGCACCAUAAAGAAAAUGUGUGAGCAAGAGAUGAUUGCUGUAGAAGCUGCCAUAAACCGAAAAUCAUCCAACCUUCCUCUUCCUCUGCCACCAAAAAAAACAAAAACAACAACUAGUGUAUGGGAUAUUUCCAACCCUUUCAAGAUUAUUCUGUUAAAGGGUAACAAACUCAACACAGAAGAAAAUGCCAAAGUACACGUUAGGGCUGGUCUUUUCCAUGGUACAGAGCUCCUUUGUAAAACUGUAGUGAGCACAGAAAUAUCUGGGAGAAGUGACCACGUUUGGAAUGAAGUCCUAGAGUUUGAGAUAAAUGUCUGCGAUCUCCCGAGGAUGGCAAGGCUCUGCUUUGCAGUUUAUACUGUCAUGGAUAAAAUGAAAACUAAAAAGUCAACCAAGGCAAUGAAUCCUUCCAAAUACCAAACCAUUAGGAAAGCAGGAAAAGUGCAUUAUCCUGUAGCCUGGGUGAAUACCAUGGUGUUUGAUUAUAAAGGGCAGCUGAGGACUGGAGAGCUGGUUCUGCACAGCUGGUCGUCGUUUCCUGAUGAACUUGAAGAAAUGUUGAAUCCAAUGGGAACCGUCCAGACUAACCCUUACACUGAGAACGCAACGGCUUUGCACAUUAGGUUUCAGGAGUAUUCCAAGCAGCCUGUCCAUUACCCUCCCUUUGACAAGAUACUUGAAAAGGCAGCUGAGAUUGCAAGAAGCAGUGACAACGCUGCAAUGGCGGGUCGAGGUGGUAAGAAGUUUUAUGUUGUGCUAAAAGAAAUAAUGGAAAGAGAUCCUUUGUCUCAACUCUGUGAAAAUGAAAUGGAUCUUAUUUGGACUUUGCGAUAUGACUGUCGUGAAAAUUUUCCACAAUCAUUGCCCAAACUGCUGCUGUCUUUAAAAUGGAACAAACUUGAAGAUGUUGCUCAGCUUCAGGCUCUCCUUCAGAUAUGGCCCAAGCUGCUGCCUAGAGAAGCAUUAGAAUUGUUGGAUUUCAAUUAUCCAGACCAGUAUGUCAGAGAAUAUGCAGUGGGUUGUUUAAAGCAAAUGAGUGAUGAAGAGCUCUCUCAGUAUCUCCUGCAGCUCGUGCAGGUUCUGAAGUACGAGCCGUUCCUGGACUGCGCGCUCUCCAGGUUCCUGCUGGAGCGAGCGCUGGCCAACAGGAGAAUAGGACAGAUGCUCUUCUGGCACCUGAGGUCAGAGGUUCACAUUCCUGGUGUCUCAGUCCAGUUUGGUUUGAUACUUGAAGCUUACUGCCGAGGAAGCGUUGCCCAUAUGAAAGUGCUUGCUAAACAGGUGGAAGCGCUUAAUAAGAUGAAGACUUUAAAUAGUCUAAUUAAGCUGAAUGCCAUGAAGCAAAGCAAAGCAAAAGGAAAAGAUGCAAUGCACACGUGUCUGAAGCAAAAUGCCUACAGAGAAGCACUUUCUGACCUCCAGUCUCCUCUGAACCCUUCUGUUAUACUUUCAGAGCUACAUGUUGAGAAAUGUAGAUAUAUGGAUUCCAAAAUGAAGCCUCUGUGGAUAGUAUACAACAACAAAAUGUUUGGAGGGGAUCUCGUAGGGAUCAUCUUUAAAAAUGGUGAUGAUCUCCGACAGGACAUGCUGACGCUCCAGAUCUUGCGUCUGAUGGACAUACUUUGGAAAGAAGCUGGUCUGGACCUCAGGAUAUUGCCCUAUGGCUGUUUAGCAACUGGAGAUCACUCUGGCCUGAUUGAGGCUGUUUCUAGUUCAGAAACCAUUGCUGACAUUCAGUUAAACAGCAGCAAUGUCGCUGCGGCUGCCGCCUUCAACAAAGAUGCUCUCUUAAACUGGCUGAAGGAAUACAACCUAGGAGAUGACUUGGAUCGAGCCAUUGAAGAAUUUACUCUGUCCUGUGCUGGCUACUGUGUAGCUACUUACGUACUGGGAAUUGGUGACAGACACAGUGACAACAUCAUGGUCAGAAAAAAUGGCCAGCUCUUUCAUAUAGAUUUUGGGCAUAUUCUUGGAAACUUCAAGUCCAAGUUUGGAAUUAAAAGGGAACGGGUACCUUUCAUACUCACCUAUGAUUUCAUUCAUGUUAUUCAACAAGGAAAAACAGGGAACACUGAAAAAUUUGGUCGGUUCCGGCAGUACUGUGAGGACGCGUACUUGAUCCUGCGCAAGCACGGAAACCUCUUCAUCACCCUCUUUGCACUGAUGCUGACCGCAGGGCUUCCAGAGCUAACUUCUGUCAAGGACAUCCAGUAUCUCAAGGACUCUCUCGCCUUAGGGAAGAGUGAGGAAGAAGCACUAAAACAAUUUAAGCAGAAGUUUGAUGAAGCCCUCCGGGAAAGCUGGACUACCAAGGUGAACUGGAUGGCUCACACCGUUCGGAAGGACUACAGAUCCUAGAUGAGUUUGGCAUUUGCACUAAACUGAAUGUUACCCUGAGAAGUGUUUUUAAAGGAGAUCUGUAGGAUCGACCAACAACACUGAUUUUCAAUAGGAAUGAAAGCAACAAAAAGAAAUGGGCUGAAAUAAUUCCUGAGUCUGUUGCACUCUGCUUCUGAAUUCUUGAUUCCAAGACUGUCUCUACAACUAGUGAACGUUCUUCUGCUGACUUUGCACGCUGAGAGCUACUAAGCAUUUUUUAAAAUUCUGUGGUACUUUAUGGAAGUGUAAAUAUUUGUUUUUAUACGUUAGGGUGUUGUGCUCUAACAUACUUGGGAGGUUUGAAGGCCUCUGACAGAAGUGUUCUUUGUUUAAAGUUGGGUCUUGAAGAGUAAAUUUCUUUUUUUUAUAUCCUAAUCUGGCUAAAAAUGACCAUAUUGUGUAUAUUUUUUCAUAUGAACUCUGCCCUAGUGGCACAGAUGAAAUAAUUCUACUGUAAAUAGCAACCACAGUGUCACUGUACUACAGGGAGCUGCUUGAUGUCUUAUACUGCUGCCAGAAGAGGAGCAGAUAUUUGUAAGAUAGGGAAGGGUGGGGGGUGGAGGGCAGAUCUUUGGAAAUGAUGCAGUGUCCAGAUGUUCAGGGUUGCACACUUUUGUUCCUCUGACGUAACACACUUUUUUUUAGGAGGGAAGUUAGGCCAGUUCCAAACAUGUCUGAGAAUCCCUCAUUGGUGACUGCCUCCUAUUCAUCCUCUGGGGCUUUGUUUUCAACUCCCAAAGAGGCACAUUUAUUUCAGGUUCAGCAAGAAGCUCCUUACAGCCUUACACUGAAAUUCAUAUCUCCAAUUACUUGUGCCAUGCAAAUGUACUGGCAUAUGGAAAACGUUUGUUAGAUGUACCACACAUAGUGAUUUUUAGAGCAUACAUACCAAAAAAACCCCAAAUGUUUGGAAAAGCAAGUGUUGAUGGGAAAAGAUCAUCCCAUAAAACACCAAUAAGAAGUCAUGAAUCCUUUUUUUUUUUUUCUGUAUUUAUUAAAAGCUUGCAGUACUGUUGCUUUACCAAGAUAUAUAUGUUGAAGAUGGUUGCUGAAGAAACUGGAUUUGUUUUUAUUUAUUUAGUGAGGUACCAGGCUUUUAGGUGCUUAAAUGGAGAGCAAAUUUGUUACGUGCAAUAGGGAACUGCUGAUUAAGAGGUGUAACAUACUGUUUCUGAACAUCAGCAAGGUAGACUUGACUACUGCUUGUUCUCCAAGGAACACUGGUAGCUCUCAAUUCUCAUUGACAUUUGAAAGAGAAUGAAACAUAUAUAUAUAUAUAUAUAUAUAUUUACUUUUUGACUAAACAGUUGUUUUGCAUAGAAAUGUUGUUUUAUGUAGGAAUUUAAUUAAAGGUGGUUUUACUUUGUUG